AGAUCAGAUAUGUCCAGGAGAGAGAGACUGUGCUUUGCUGGGACUCUCUGUUCCAGCAGCAGCCAGCCCUGUGAGCAGUAGCAGUUAGGGGCUAGUGAGCAGGAUGCAGGGUCAGCCCCUCCUCCAAUCUCUUCCCUCCCUAAAUAAGACAGCUGCAGGCUGGUCCACUGCCGGCAGACACCAUGCAGCUCCAGGCCUCCUUCUCAUUUUUCCUGAUCCUCACCUUCUGCCAAGAGCUUUGCUCAGAACCAAGAAGAGUGUCCAGGAAGCCCUUACCACCUCUGUGCAGCCUUCCCGUGGAAAAAGGCCAGUGUCAAACCAUGGUACUGCGGUGGUACUAUAACACCAAAUCUGGCCGGUGUGAGCGGUUUGGCUACCGAGGCUGUGGAGGCAAUGAGAACAACUUCCUGAACAGAAACGAAUGCCGAUUAACCUGCAGACGCUCCUGAUUUAAGAAGCCUGCACAGCCCUCCAAGAAGCCAAGUUCCCCAGGGGUCCCCUAAGGCUUUUUGUGUGUGAAUAAAAAAAUGCAUUCCUCUAAA